GUCGAGUCCAACAAACAGUCUGUCAAAUUUACUCGACCGGGUUGGAUCUUGGAUUUUAUUUUUUGAUUUGAUGGCAAAUGUCCAUCGAUGAUAUCGGAAUUUUAUUUAUUUUUUGGUGUUUUCUGUUUUGUUUUCAAUAAGAAUGUACAUAAUUUAUUAAAACUAGUUUUGUCUUUAUGAUUUUAUGUUACACAAAUAACUAAAGAUACAAAAAUGUAAACAACGGGACCAAUACAAAACGUGAAUUAAGUGGACUUGAAUUAAAAUUAAAUAUUCAUCGAAAACUUGUGUGAGACUAAAAAUACAUAAUUAAAUUACCAACUAUCUUCCUCGAUUUCUUAUCUCAAAAUAUUAUUCGUGAGAUUUUAUUUUACUAAAUAGUUAAGUUUCCAUUAAUUAAGAAGCAAACAUGGCAUUGCUGAGGUUAGCAAGACAACUUGGCCUUUUGGAGACAAUCUAUGUUGAUGAGGCUGGAAAUCAACAUUCAUCGAGAAGACAAAAAAUGCAUAAGCUGGCUAUUCAACCUUUUGACUAUGUGAUAGCUGUGGAUUUUGAAGCAACCUGCUGGGAAAAUAUAGCACCUCCUAAAUGGCGGGAGUCGGAAAUCAUUGAAUUCCCGGCAAUUUUGGUAAAUCUUAAGACUGGCAAAAUAGAAGCCGAAUUCCAUGAAUACAUUAUGCCUAUUGAAUCGCCAAAACUCAGUGCAUUCUGCACUGAAUUAACUGGAAUCACACAGAAGACCGUCGACACAGGAAUGCCCCUACAAACUGCCCUAAUGAUGUUCCAAGAGUGGCUGCGCAAAGAGUUGCGAGCCCGCAACCUUCACCUGCCGAAAAUGUCCAAAGAUAAUAAGAUCGGAAAUUGUGCGUUUGUGACAUGGUCCGAUUGGGAUUUUGGAAUUUGUCUCGCAAAAGAAUGCCAACGCAAACGACUUAAGAAGCCACAAUUUUUCAAUCAAUGGAUCGACUUGCGAGCCCUAUUCCGGGAAUGGUAUAACUAUAAGCCAAUCAACUUUAGUGAUGCUCUGCAACAUGUCGGACUUGAAUUCGAGGGCAGAGAACAUUCGGGUAUAGAUGAUGCAAAAAAUUUAGCCGCAUUAGCGUGUAAAAUGGUCAACGAUGGUGCUUCGUUAGCAAUAACAAAAGAUCUAACACCGUUUCAGUUAAAUAUGAAUUUCGGAUAAAUUAAACAACAUACAAAACAAAACAACCAACAAAAUGUAUUAUAAGAACUUAAACAAAAAGACUUAAGGUUUGGUUAGUUUAAAUAAAUUAUCAGAUAUUUUUGUAAGCCCGGUGCGAAAUUUAAAAAUUAACCGAUUCAGCGUAUUAGAAUUAAAUUAAAAAAACAAAAA